AUGCCAGAAGUAAAUGUUGAAUUCAGAACCCCAGAAUUUAAUACCAAAAGCGUUGGUCAAUCAAGCCCAACAGCCCAAAGUUGGAUCUCGCCGCUUCGAUUGAUUCCACCAGAGACAGACAUAGACACUCCUACCGUCACUUGGUCAAGCACCAACAGCACUACUAGUAAAAAUAACGAUGGUAUAACCGGAUAUCUCAAGGUUGACGAUGAGCUAGGGAGCAGCGGACUAAUAGUUCAAGAGCAACAGAGCUCUCGCACGUUGCCUUUCAGUUUAGCUGAAGCUGACAUCGUGGAAACAGCCAAAAAUGGCCCGAAUUUAUCACAAGAUGCAGUGUCAUCAGUUGAUUCCGAUCAUGAUUUUACAGGAAGCAGUGAAUUUGUCAUUUAUGUUCCCUCAGGCCAAGCCACUUUGCACCAGCCGCCUGAAGUUACUUCGAUGAAGUCUUCAUCUUCACUAGAAGACUUCCAAAGCCUUUCUGGCCAAACUUCAAUGGGUUCCUUCGAUAAAGCUACAUUUCCGGGAACCUUACGUGCUGUGUCUCGGUCGAAACCAAUGGAAAUCAAUAGUUAUGUGACAGGGAAUCUGGAAACUUCUUCGCAUUUGACUGAACAUUCUCGUCAUUAUCAGCCUACACAAACAACGCGAAACGCCCUCAAAUCCGACGACUCAGACUUGAGCACGCCCAAUCCGAUCACCGAAAGCCAGCUCAUGGAUUCAACCACAACGGUGCCGGCGACUACGACCGCCACGAAAAAUCCAGUAGAAGAAUUGACGAUGGAUGGUUCUCGCGCAUCUCGGGCCUUGUCGAGCCAUGGUGUGGGAUUGAUUGUGGGGAGCAUUUCCGGUGCUAGUUUGCUAUUUGCAAUCAGCUUUUAUUUACACCGAUUUUGCUUUCGGCGAAUUGGUAGGUCCAGUAGAGGCACAGGAUCAGUUACCCAACCGAAAGCAGACAAUCCUGCUGCCACAUGCCCAGAUAUGCCGGAAAUUUUGGAAAUUUCACGAUUUUCUGCCUAUUCAUGA